ACUCAACAUUAUCACCACACAACCUCAAGAUUCAAAAUUCAAAAUUCAAAAUUCAACUCACUUUCCCUCCAAAAAACGCUCUUGUUUCAAAUCUCACCGUGAAAUGGACGCUUCAAAGGGAAAGAAAGGCGCCGGCGGCAGAAGAGGCGGCGAGAGAAAGAAAUCCGUCUCCAAAUCGGUCAAAGCCGGUCUUCAAUUCCCUGUCGGUCGUAUCGCAAGAUUCCUCAAGAAAGGCCGUUACGCUCAACGUUUCGGUUCCGGUGCACCUAUCUUCCUCGCCGCCGUACUCGAAUACCUUGGCGCUGAGGUUUUGGAAUUGGCUGGUAAUGCUGCACGAGACAACAAGAAGAACCGGAUUAAUCCGAGGCAUUUACUGUUAGCGAUAAGGAACGACGAGGAGUUAGGAAAAUUGUUAAAAGGCGUGACGAUUUCUAGCGGCGGAGUGUUGCCGAAUAUUAAUCCAGUUCUGUUGCCGAAGAAAACCGCCGCUGCUGAGAAAUCUGCCAGUGAAUCUAAAUCUCCUAAGAAGGCGUAGAUAGUAUUGUGUUGAUGUUAGGUUUUUCAAUGGAAGAUUUAGCUAUUACUAGUUAGCUUUCUGUGUUAAAAAUGCUCAACUUAUAUGCAUAUUUUAUUGAAAUUUCUGUUUCUAA